AUGAUGAUUUUGAAAUCGAUUUCUUUCCUUUUGUCACUUUCGUUGGCUAACGCGCUGUCUUUGGACGUCGGAGACAAAGAUUCUGUUUGCGAUGCAGCAACUCUGAUUGUGGACGGAAUGAUGGACUAUUACGAGGGAAACCGUUAUGGUGGUACCGUUGGUAUGUUCCAGGCCCCUUACUAUUGGUGGGAGGCCGGUGAAGCCAUGGGAGGUCUGAUCGACACAUGGUUCUUCUGCAAAAACGACACAUAUGAAAGUUUGAUUUCUCAGGCUCUGCUAGCUCAAAUCGGCUCGGACAAAGAUUACAUGCCCUCGAAUCAAACCGCCACUGAAGGUAACGAUGAUCAAGCUUUCUGGGGACUUGCUGUUUUGCAGGCUGCUGAGCGAAACUUCACCAAUCCCUCGGGAGAUGAUUCUGACAUUUCAUGGAUCGGUCUUGCACAGGCUGUUUACAACACCAUGUGGUCCAGAUGGGACUCCGCAAACUGUGGUGGUGGUCUCAGAUGGCAGAUUUUCACCUGGAACGCCGGUUACGACUACAAGAACACCAUUUCGAACGCUGGUUUAUUCAACAUCGCUGCAAGAAUUGCAAGAUACACUUCCAACAACACUUAUGCCGAGACCGCAGAAACAGUUUACGAUUGGCUCAGGGAUGUCGGAUAUGUUUCCUUGAGUGACGACGGGACGUACUAUACCGUUUACGAUGGUGCCAAGAUCGGCACCAACAACUGUUCCACCUUUUCGGAGACUCAGUACUCUUACAACUAUGCGCUCUUGCUCGGUGGUGCUGCUUACAUGUACAACUACACAGAGAACGAGACCUGGUCGACAGAGGUUGGCAGACUGUACGAAGGGAUUUCCAGAACCUUUUUGAACAACUCCAUUAUGUUUGAGUACAUGUGUGAAAAAUCCACUUCGUGUAACAACGAUCAAAGAUCUUUCAAGUCCGUUUUCAGUCGGAUGAUGGGACUUACGGCAAAGCUUGUGCCUGACUACCAUGACAAGAUUCUUGAUAUCCUGGACACUUCUGCAAAUGGAGCAGCACAGUCUUGUUCGGGAGGUUCUGACGGACACACUUGUGGUAGAAACUGGGCUUACGGUGGUUGGGAUGGAUGGUACGGACUCGGAGAGCAGAUGUCAGCGUUGGAGGUUAUCCAGAACACUCUGAUUGACUCAGCCGAUGGACCAUACUAUUACUACACAGGACACCCUAUGAACAGCUCGGACUCCAGUUCCGACGACUCUAGCAGCAGAGGUGGAGCAUCGUCCUCGAUCGAUAACAACGCUGGAUUGAGUGGAGACUCGGAGUCUCUGAAUGCGAACUCAAUCACCGUCAAGAGAAAAGACCGCGUGGGAGCAGGAAUCGUUACUGCCAUCGUGCUGGCUGUUCUGAUUGGUUUGAGUGUGUGGAUGCUGUUGUGA